GAUGCAGAUUUGAUAAUGUUGGCUUUGGCAACACAUGAAGUUCAUUUUUCCAUAUUGAGAGAGGAUGUUCUAAACCAGGAGCAGCAACAUGCAAACUGUCAAUCUGUUCGAGAAAUGACUCCGUCUUCUGUAAAGUCAGGCAACAGAAAAGCAUCCAUUGUAAAAAAGCCCUACCAGCUUCUGCAUGUUUGGAUUUUGAGGGAAUAUUUGGAGCUUGAUAUGCAAAUCAAUGAUCCUCCUGAGAAUUUCAAGUUUGAUCUUGAGUGUAUAAUUGAUGAUUUUAUAUUUAUGUGCUUUUUUGCUGGAAAUGAUUUUCUGCCCCACAUGCCAACUUUGGAAAUUCAUGAGAAUGCAAUUGACUUGCUGAUGACUAUCUAUAAGAAGGAAUUCAAAAAUCUCGGGGGUUAUAUGGUUGAUAUGCUCCGGGUCAAUGACAAGAAAUCAGGAUUCAUCAAACUAUCCAGGGUUGAGAAAUUUAUUCUUCUUGUUGGUGCUUAUGAAGAUAAAAUUUUCAAGAAAAGAUCAGAACUACGUGAGCGUAAACUCAGACGUCUUUGCCUUAAUAAAGAUUCUCUAGAGGAAGAAAUUGAUGCUGGAAGUUCAGCUACUGAUUCAAGCAGUACUUGUGCAUUGCCUAAUGGAGAAGAAUCCGAAGCUCCGUCAUUUGGGAUGUUUGAAAAUAUGCAUUCUCAAAUAAUAGAAAAUACAAAGGAGUUUAAGCAGAAAUUGAAAGAUAGCAUCAGAAGGAAAUCUGAUCUGUUUAAGAAUGGUGAUUUAGGGACAGACAAAGUACGAUAUGCUGCUGCAGGCUACAAGGCAAGAUAUUACAAAUACAAAUUUUCUGCAGAAGGGCCAGGGGAUAUUGAAAGCAAAAGAAAGGAAGUAGUUAAAUACUACACUGAAGGACUGCUCUGGGUUCUCUUCUACUAUUUUUCGGGUCCCCCAUCAUGGACAUGGUUUUAUCCUUUCCACUAUGCGCCAUUUGCUUCCGACCUAAAGGGCCUUGGUCAGGUGAAACCUAAGUUUGAAAAAGGUUCCCCAUUCUUACCUAUCGAUACUCUCAUGGCUGUGUUACCACCCAGAAGUGCUCAUGCACUUCCGAAAGUUUAUCAGACACUUAUGACAGAUGAGAGUUCUACCAUUAUUGACUUUUACCCUUCUGAUUUUGAAAUUGAUAUGGAUGGAAAACGCUUUACAUGGCAGGGCAUUUGCAAACUUCCUUUUAUAGAAGAAGAACGGCUUCUAUCUGAAACGAGAAAGUUAGAGAAGGAGUUGGUGGGGGAAGACAGAGACAGGAAUAAAGAGAAAGUUGAUCACUUAUUUGUGCUAAGCACACACAAUAUGGCAUCACAGAUUGUCGCACUGUUUACAAAGGAAAACUGCCCCAUCAAGAUUGACAACAGUUUGUGUGGUUUUUUACGUCUUCAUGAGAAUGCUUCCAGUGUUAAAGGAGGAGAUCAUAAACUUCAAGAAGACUCUGUCUUAUGCGUGGGAUAUGAGCUUCCAAACGAUGGUCCACAUGUGCCUCGUUUACUUGCUGGUGUAGAGUUUCCUGUCAAGACAAUCACUGAAGACGAUCUUAUGGAGACAAAACUAUGGCACGAAUAUCAGGGAAGCACACCCAGCUCUAGCAGUCAGCUUGUUCAGGAAAGGUUUAGAAAACCAGAUAAUAUGGGAAAUCAAGGCUUCCGGAACAAUGCUAGAUUCACUUCUAGCUCUCCGAAUAUGAUACACAAAUUUUCUGGCACUGGAUGGGGUUAUGGUAGAGGGAAAGCAAUUGCAAGUCCUGAUUUUGGAGACCGAUUUCAUGCUCCAGGAAGAAUACAUUGUGAAAGAGUAAUGUCAUCUGGCUCAUAUUCAGCGAACGGUGCAGUAGCAUACAAAAAAGCCGCUCUUCAUGAGACACCUGUUUGUAAUGAAAAGUGGAGAGUUGCUGGUUCUGGUUCAGGAGAUCAAAUACGAACCCUUAGAGAUUUGCAAAUAUCGAAGUCGUCAUCAAGCCAGGGCUGGAGGCCUAAUGGAAGAGUUCAGUCAGCAAACAAUGUUUUCUGGCCGUCUAGAAAUGGCUUCACACCUGACACAAACCAUGCUUGGCAACAUGGUCAGUGCCGCGGUAGAGGCCAUCAGGACUCCUCGAAGCAUUAUUCACCUUUUGCUGCUAACCGUUCAUCCCAAGCCAGAGGGAAUGCGCACUUUGUUCCACGUAGUUGGGAUACUGAAGGUAAGCCCCGCUGGUAGCUAGUUAACACAUAGCCCUCUUUGCUUGGCUGCCAAAAGAGCAAGAAAAGCACUGUUUUGUACACAUUCCAUCUAUUUUGUAUUUUACGGCUGAAGGAUGAAGAAUUUUCGAUCUGCUAGCUAUUUCCUAUGCUUCACAAUCUCUGCAAUUCCAUAUUUUUGGUAAUUAAGUCGGAGUAUAUUUGGGCGUUCAUUUUAUAUCCUUGGAGAUAUGAUUUUAUAAAUCAAUCAGAAGGUAGGCUACUUCGGUAGAUCGAUGACCACUAUGCUUCGUUUAGUGUAGAGUACUCAUCUAAUCCUCUAGGACAUAGUUUGGUUUUUUUGUAGCUGUUACUCCUUCUCCUCAUUAAUAAAACACUA